AUGGAUAGGGAAACUCACGUUCUGCAGGAGGAGGUCCGCCUGGAAGGUGGCUGCCAGCCAGCCCGGUCGAGCUCAGCACCACCUUCGCGCAACAGUGGAGGAUUUCCAUCCGGUGAUGUCCAUCCAUCGGCAAUAGCCAAGGAGUCUGACACUCAACUGCAUCAGACACCAGCCGUGUGCCUUGCUUAUGCUCACCUAUGCGGUGGAUGUAGAUCAGCGACGGAAAUGUUCGACCUCACCGCUGCCAGUCCCUUGGACAUCAUUCCCUGCCUUUCUCAAUCGCGUUGUCUCGAUUCAAAUAACGCUUCGGCUUCUCUGCAGUGGUACCACGGUGCUUCUACGUACAGUCCUCCGAUUGAGAGUGACGCCGCGGGAUUUGAUGCCCCCGUGUUCAGACAGGCGGGCUUUCAGCCGGCACUCACGGAGGAGAGUAUGGUCACGGAAAGCCUGGUAGGUCCCAGUCUCACCCUGCGGUUUGAAGGCGUCAAGGACGACGCAGGCCGAUCCGAGCAUAAACAGAGAGCUUCAUACUGCCCUGUUCCGCACGGCGAUGGCCUCGGGCUACCGUGUGGAGCGACUGCAAAUCUCCUCGCGUCUCAGCACAAUGGUCGAGCGGGCGGCUCACAGGAAUCCAUCGCAUCAGAGGUGCGCGAGCUGCAAUUGUCGACGCCUUCGCCACCCUCGCCUCGUGGUGUAGUUCAAGACGACGUUGCUCAGGAUCUGAAGGACUCAAUUGAGUCUCAGCAUGUAUGGGCUGGCGUGCCAUGUGCGGGGACUACCGGUACAUGUGACAACUCACAGGGAAGAGAAGUGGUCGAGCAGCUCGGGAAGAGCAGCUGGAGCACACUCUUCACAGUGGCAGCGGGAGGCGAAACCGAAAACCCGAUGUGGGGCUCGGGCCAGUACGGAGGUGGCUCGAGUCCCGGGACAAUCUGGACCGAGGCAGCCAUGUCGGGGCGCAGCUGGCCGAGCCUUCUAGGAUCAAUAGGGGAAAGAAACUCUCUCGCGUCGAGUCAACCUUUUCCUCGCCUACCAUGGGCUUUGGAUGAAACGAUGCUCUAUGGCGAUGGCAUGGAAGGCUCGAGGAACAAUCCGUGGUCUGACACGCAGGGUCAUGGGCUGGAAAGCGGAUUCGCAGGAGGCACGAUCCGAGAACCGCGGUUCGAGUCGUCUGACUUCUCUACCGCAGCGCUGACCCAUAGCCUGCAGCCCGAGCAGGAAGCUGCACAAGGUGAAGGAGCUUCGUCAUGGACGUUGGCGAGUGACGGAACAGCAGCUUACGAUGCACAGAGGGGCAACCGGAUGGAGGAAGGGUCGAUCGGAUCAAAGCGUCGUAUCUGGUAUCGGGCGCCCAACGGUCAAUUCGCCUCUGCGAGCCAGGUACGUGUUGGAGGAGAGGGGGGAGAUGGGAGCUCAAACGGCGAUGGUAGCUCGCGAGGAAGUGAACCGUUUCGAAGGAUUCGACGACGCCGCAAGUCGGAAGAGGUGGAGCGCAAGUAUCGAUGCGAUUUUCCUGGAUGCGACAAGGCGUAUGGCACACUCAAUCACCUCAACACGCAUCGCGCCACCAACGAGCAUGGACCACGGCUCAACGCUGUCGGCUACCGAAAGGCGCACGCCGAGUGGAUGCAGCGACGAGGCGCAGUCUCGGACAGCCAGCAGGGAGAUGUGCAUGGCUAG